AUGAUACUUGCAUCCUCUCUUCAAUCAAAUUGUACACCGGAAGAGGCACGAUUAUAUCCAUGUUCAUUAAAUUGUAUUCCGAACUUUGAUGAUAUCACAUUCUACCUUGUAGAAAUAUCAACAGGAAAGGUUCGCGACACACGCACAUACAAAAAUGAGUACAUUCAUUUAUCAUAUCAUUCUGGAGUUAGUCUUAUGGGUAAUUUAUUUUCUAUCAUGUCAAUUCAAAAUCAGAUAAUUCAUAUUCUUCACAUCAAGGAUGAUGGUCGUUUUAUUGAUGUACAAGAUAUUGGUUGGCUUAGUUAUGAUGAUGAUGAGCUCGUACUGGCUCGUUAUCGUGAUUUUGAUCUCCAAUAUAAUAUACAACAAAGAACAUUUACUAAACAGAAUAAUCAUAAGAAUGCAUCAUCAGAUUUUAUUGAAUUAGAUAAUGAGAAUUCAUCAUCAUCCCUUUUUAACAAUGCAUCCACUUGUACACGUAAUGACUUAACGGAAAAUAAAGUUCCAUCCUCUAAUAUCGUAAUUGAUUCAAGAUAUAAUUCCAAUAUAUCAGAAAUGGCCUCUAGUCACAUAAGUGGAAUUAAACAAAAGAUGCUUUCAGGUCAGGCUUUGCGUCAUUUUUAUCAAAUAUUUGGACAGCUUACAUCACUUGUAAUGUGGAAAAUGCAAUUUAUUGAUGAAAAGAGAUUUCUUAUUAAAUUCGGAAAUGUGGAUUGCGUGACUGGACGUACAGAAGUGAUAUCCGUUUAUGAUAAUGCAUCAGAAGAAUUUCUUGAGGAAUUUAAGCGUUCAUCAGAAAUUUUUCAGCGAGUUGCUUUUAAUCAACCAUUUUUGUAUAAUUCUACCUACUCGAAUAAUGUUUACGCCAAAGAAAUAUUGGAAAAACAUUUACAUGCAAUAAGACAUGCACGAAACGGAGGGCCUUCACAAGCUGUAAAACGUGUUCUCGCAUCUUUGCCGUACAGUCCACAAACCUGUAGUGAAAGUCCAUAUUUUGAUCAUUCUUUAUUUGCGUAUGAUGAUAAGAUUAUAUCAGCAUUUGACCGACCCAGGCCUUGUCAAGAAAACAUUGCCAAGUUUUAUUCAAGACGAACAGGUGAAUUUAAAUUUAAAAUAAUAUUUGGAUUGCCAGAUAAAAGUAAUAAUCGAACAAAGCGUUACGUUGCUUUGAUUGCACAUCCAAAUUUUCCAUUUAUCAUUUCUGUGCAAUAUACUGUCCUUCAACCGACUAUCAUUAAUUUACAUGUUCGAUCCUCGUUAUGA